AUGUCGGACCGCCGCUCAGGGCUCGUGUACCUUAUCACUGGGGGCUGCGGCUUCCUGGGCCGGCACCUGCUCCGAAUACUGCUGGAAAAGGAGGGAGAUGCCAUCGCUGAGGUUCGAAUAUUCGAUAAGCACACGCAGCCCGAACUCAGCCAGCACGGAACCGAGCGUACGAAGGUGAGGUUAAUCCAGGGUGACAUCACGAACUACGACAGUGUGCUAGAGGCUUCCCGUGGUGCCCACGUAGUCAUCCACACUGCCAGUCUGGUGGACGUCUGGCACAAGGUUCAAGAAGCCCUUAUCUAUGCUGUCAAUGUCACAGGAACGGAAAAUGUUAUUAACGCCUGUGUGGAAAACAGCAUUUGCAGUCUGCUGUACACCAGCAGCAUGGAAGUGAUCGGGCCCAACAUGAACAGGGAAGCCUUUGUCAGGGGCAAUGAAGACACACCCUACCUGGUGAAGCACACUAUGGCCUACCCUAAGAGCAAGGCCAAGGCUGAGAAAAUCAUCCUGGAAGCCAAUGGCACAAAGGUGCAAAAUGGCAAGCGUUUGUACACAUGCUCCCUGAGGCCGACGGGCAUCUAUGGCGAGGGCCACGAGCUCAUCAAAGACUUUUACAAACUGGCCGUCAAGAGGGGAGGUCUGGUCAUCGGCGGGGUCCCUGACAGCACCGAACACGGGCGAGUCUACGCCGGCAACGUGGCGUGGAUGCACGUGCUGGCCGCCCGGGCCCUGCGUGAGCAUCCUGAGUCUGUGGGCGGUGAAGCCUUCUUCUGCUACGACGAAUCGCCGUACAAGAGCUACGAGGACUUCAACAUGCUUUUCCUGUCCACCUUCAACUUCCAGCGUGUGCGCAUGCCACUGCUACUGCUGUGGUUCCUGGCCAUGCUCAACGACAUCCUACGCUGGAUUCUGACGCCCUUUUGCAACUUUACGCCCCUUCUAAACAGCUACACCCUGGCCGUGGCAAUCACGUCUUUCACCGUGAAGACGGACAAAGCGCUGCGCCACUUUCAGUACCGCCCGCUGUACGACUGGGAACAGUGUCGGGAGCGCACCCAGAAAUGGGUGGACACCUUCCCAAUGGAGGACUCCAAAAACACUUAA